AGCCAGUGUGUUUUCGUAGCAGUUUACGGCAUUCACUUUCAUUUCUCUUUCAUUCUCUUACUUUCCAUUCGUGCUUGGUUCAGCAGUUGUUGUUAUUUGGGUUGGUGUGACGUCACGUUUGCUUACAGCUGUCUGUCAAGUCUUGUCAGUCUACCAGUACAAGCGAGUACAAUGACGCAGUGGAAAUAAAGAAGCACUUUGCAACAUGAAACAUUAUUUUGGACACA